GGCUUGGCGCCGCUUUGUCCGCGUCAGCUCAGCUCGUGACUGCGGGGGGGGGGGGAAGGCCCAGCUCGUCUUUUCUUCUCCGCGGCGUCACGGCUGCGAUGCGGAACCGCAGCCGGCGAGUCGAACCGGUCCAGAUCGAGGAGGGGAAGGCCGCGGAGGCUCCGGUCCAGCGACGUCGGGCUCGCGGACGUCAUGCCGCUGGGAGCUAACCGCUAACCGCUAGCCGCUAGCAGCCGAGUUAUGAGCGGCGGCGGCGGCGGACGAGGACGAGGCGCCAUCGGUCGCCGCAUCAAGAACCUGCUCAGGUCCCCGUCCAUCAAGCUCACGGGGCGGGGCCGAGAAUGGCGUCAUCGCAUCGGCGACAAGGUGACCUUGGAGAAGGUUCUGGGCAUCACGGCGCCCGGCAACCGAGCUCUCUCAUGUGACCCGCGGAGCGGCAUCUUGGCGUAUCCGGCCGGGUGCGUGGUGGUCCUGCUGCAUCCUCGCAAGAACAAACAACGUCACAUCUUGAACGCGACGAGAAAGACCAUCACGACGUUGGCCUUCUCAUCCGACGGCAAGCACCUGGUCACGGGCGAGAGCGGCCACGUGCCGGCCGUGCGCGUGUGGGAGGUGUCGAGCGGCGCGCAGGUGGCCGCGCUCCAGGAGCACAAAUACGGCGUGGCCUGCGUGGCCUUCUCGCCCGACACGAAGUACGUCGUCAGCGUCGGCUACCCGCACGACAUGAUGGUCCACGUGUGGAACUGGAAGAAAGGCGCCGUGGUGGCGGCCAACAAGGUGUCGAGCAAGGUGACGGCCGUGUCCUUCUCGCACGACUCGUCCUACUUUGUGACCGCUGGGAAUCGCCACGUCAAGUUUUGGUACCUGGACCACGGCAGGACCUCCGAGGCCGGCGGCGCCGUGCCGCUGCUGGGGCGUUCGGCGUUGCUGGGAGAACUGAAGAACAACUUCUUCUGCGACGUGGCGUGCGGUCAAGGCCAGCGGGCGUCCUCCACCUUCUGCAUCAGCACGUCGGGCCUCCUGGUGGAGUUGGACCGGCGCCGCGCGCUCCACAAGUGGGUGGAGCUACGCCGAGUCGACUCCGCCCCCGCCUCGCAGGCCACGUGUCUGUGCGCGACGGCCGAGCUGAUCUUCUGCGGCUGCUCGGACGGCGCCGUGCGCGCCUUCAGCCCGCACACGCUCCGCUUCCUGUGCACGCUGCCCCGCCCCCACUUCCUGGGCGCCGACGUCGCGGCCGUGACGGACGUCAGUCGUCUGUUCUGCGUUCGUCCCGGCGUCCGUUACCCGGACACGGUGGCGCUGACCUACGACCCGAGCGGCGGUUGGCUGACGUGCGUGUACAGCGACCACAGCGUGUACGUGUGGGACGUGGGCGACCUGAAAGAGCCGCGCCGGGUGGGCAAGCUCUACUCGGCGCUCUACCACGCCUCCUGCGUGUGGAGUUUAGAGGUCUUUCCCGAAGACGGGGGCGACGCGGGGAAGGCGGCGCUCCCGCCCGGAUGCUUCCUGUCGUGCUCCUCGGACAACACCAUACGUGUGUGGAACGUGGAUGCUCGCCGCUUCCCCGACAACGUCCUCAGCCAGGACCUGCGCAAGGUCAUUUACGUAGACAACAACCCGUCCAGCCUCCUGGACGCCGAGAGCGUCUCGGUCGCCGCAAACGGCGACAAGGCGGGGCCGACGACCCCCGAGGCGCCGCCCGCAGACCGGAGCCGCUCGGGCAUUCGCUCCCUGAGAAUCAGUCCCGACGGGCGCCACCUGGCCUCGGGUGACCGUGUGGGCGUUCUCAGGGUACACGACGUGAACACGAUGGAGGAGAUUCUCAACGUCCAAGCUCACGACGGCGAAAUUCUUUCUCUCGACUUCUCGCCGAGUGACACAGGUGUGCAGUUUCUGGCCACGGCCAGUCGCGAUCGCCUGAUCCACGUGUUGGACGCGGCGUCCGACUACCGACUGGUCCAAACUCUGGACGAGCACUCGUCCUCCAUCACCGCCGUCAGAUUCGCAGCCGACGAGGGCAAAGUGCGCCUGAUCAGCUGCGGCGCCGACAAGAGCGUCUACUUCCGCACCGGCCGGCAGACGGGCGGCGGCGGCGGCAUGGAGUUCGCGCGGACGCAUCACGUGGUGAGGAAGUGCACGCUGUACGACAUGGACGUGGAGCCCGGCAGGAAGUACGCCGCCGUCGCUUGCCAGGACCGCAGCAUCAGGAUCUUCAACAUCGGCAGCAGCAAACAGAAGAAAAUCUUCAAAGGAUCUCGGGGAGAAGACGGAACGCUCAUCAAGGUGCAGAUCGACCCGUCGGGUCUCUACGUCGCCGCUUCCUGUUCGGACAAGAGCAUCAACAUCUUUGAUUUCCACUCUGGCGAGUGGGUGGCCGCCAUGUUUGGACACUCAGAGGUCGUCACGGGUCUGAAGUUCAGCGGCGACUGCACGCGCGUCAUCAGCGUGUCGGGCGACAGCUGCGUCUUCGUUUGGCGUCUGAGUCCCGAGAUGACCCUGCGCAUGCGCCGACGUCUGGCCGAGCGGCGGACCGGGAACCCGGGAGAGGCGCGGCCCCCUCGCGUCGUCGCCGCGUCGUCCGACAGCGACGGGGAAGAGGACGACGAGGACGGGGAGGAGGGAGCGGCCGAGGCGUCGCCCGAGCGCAACGGGUCCGCGCCAGACGGGCGACUGCGCAGCCGCCGCCGCCGCCGCCGCUGGGCUACGAAUUCGUGCGGCGGUCACGACGUCGCCGAGGUGACGUCCAUGUUGGACCUGAGACUGCUGGACUCGUUUUGCUGGCGCGACGACGACCGGACGCCCCCUUUUGACGACAACGGUCCCUCGCCGUGCUGGACGAAGGAGGCGGGGCUUCACAGGGCCCAUCGGCAGACGGGAAGUCGCCUCAGUCUUCAGGUGGAGCACUCGGAGGCGCUGGCCAAUCCCAGGCCGGACGUCACCUCGCCGCCGCGGUUUCCUGACCAAUGGGAGGACGGCGUGAGCCCGAGCAGCCGCUCGGAGGCGAAGGGCGGCGGGGAGGACAAACCCAGUCCGGACAGCGGCUGCUCGCUCAGGUUCAACUCCAGAACGUCCAGUCUUGACGCGGCGGAGACGGCCAAAGACCCGGUGCCGACGGAUCACCUCAGCAGCAGCAGCAGCAGCGACGACUCUCCGGACGAGGACGCCGGACCCGUCCCGCGGACUCCGGACCAGGAGGCCUUCGUAAAGAAGCACUUUUCCGCACUGGCCGACGUGGCGGCUGGACCCGCGCCGACGGCUCACAGCUCCAACGAGAGCCUCAGCAUGUCUUCCAGGUUCCUCUACCAGAACUCUGCUGCUAGCCGGGUCAUCCUGAAGUCAGAAGAUAUCGAGACAAAGUCUCAAGUGCUGUCCGAGGUUCGGAACCAGGGCCCGAGUCCGCCGUGGACUCUGGACCAAGAUCGACAAACAAGAACUUGUCAGCCAGAGAAUGAGGAACGGAACCCGGAGGCCUCCCGCGGGUUGAAGGAGUCGGACCUCGGGAGGUUGACGGGAGGUCCAGGUGGUGCGACCCCUCACCGUCCCACCUCGCUCCCCUCGGCCCCCCGCCGCGCUCCCGCCGCGGCGCCACCCCCUCCGGAUCCGGGGUGGCCCCGGCCCAGGAGGUGCCCGUCCCCCUCGGCCGGGGGUCCGCGCUCCUACAUGAGUCCCACCGCCAGCUCCGCCGCCAAAAUGUCCCGCUCCGCCUCGCUGGGCGACGCCCUCAACCGGGCGGGACUGACGGCCUUUCCCUCGCCGGGUUGCCAAGGUAACCGGGCCGUCCUCCCGCCGCCCGACAAACCUUCGGUAACGGCCGUCGGGACCCGACCUCAAGACGACGCAGAAAAAGGCGCAAAUUGUGAAUUGCGGGGUAGAGCGGAAGGCGUUGGCCCCCUCCUGCCUCCCGACACGUCCCGUCAUCAAUUGGACUCGCCCGCCAGCGUUGAGUCCUGCCGAGCGUUGACCGAUCAGAUGCUGAGCUGCUUCAAGCGGGCCACCCGUCUCUACAGGGAGGUGAGCAACGCUUGUCCGGAAGACACCCCCGAAGGGGGUCAGAUGGCCUCCAUCCUAUCAGAAGCCCUCGAGGCAAUGAGGGCGGAGCUCCGGCUCCUGCCGUUGGGACCCGGCGGGGGGGCCCUGGCGGGGGCAGCCGACCGCGACAGGACGGCGGCCCUCCUGGAGGAGUACUCCACGCUGCUGUUGCAGGCCGUCCGCAGGAAGCUGCGACCCCCCAAGGACGGCGCGCCAUCGCCACCGUCUUCAACCGCAAUUUGAAUGAAACUUUAUUGACGUUGUUGCCUGUAACCAUGGAAACAAGGGACGGUUGCUUCACAGUUGACCUCCAAGCACGUCACGUGACUUUUUGGAGCUCUUUCAAUAAAUGUUUGCGCCGACGUCCGCUUGCGUUAGCAU